AUGGCCCGUGCAGCCCCGCUGUCGAAAGCUCCCUCAAACUCGUCAUCGGACAUCCCGGACGACCCCGCCACCACCUCCCGCGGACCACGAGACUCCCGAUCCGAGAUGGACUUUGAGCCUUCGACCGGAGGGCCUUGCAGUCCUUUCGAGGACGAUGUCGGCGGCGGAGGCGGCGAGAGGCCAAAGGUCCUGCCGGCGGACUUGCCCACCUCCCUCGAUGAUAGGCGCAUGCCCAGGGAGCCGGUCCCCGAGACAGAGAUGUACGACGGUUGGCAAGGACAAUCUCAAUUCCUGACCUCUCCGGUCGUUGCGAAGCCUCUCAAAUUUAGCGACCUCUCCCUAGACGACAAGAAUUACGACGAAGAUCUCACAAGGGGCGUCUCUGACAGUGACACGCGGCUGAUGGAGAUGCUGGCAGCCCAGGCGGCCCACUCAUCCGGCCCCGGCUUCGAAGAUGAGGCAGCCAUCGCGGCGAACGAGGAGCUUUCGGAGGACGAGAAGAAGAAGAUGCUGCAGAAAGCCUUGAACAUGGCAGCGAGUAAUGGCAAUGUGACUCAGGUCAACCGGAUGUUAGCUGGCAAGGCCAAGGAAUACGUGGAUAUCAACGCUCCAGACGAGGACGGCACUCCUCCACUGAUAUAUGCCAGUUGUUUUGGCCAUGAAGCUGUCGUAGAAGCUCUGAUCGCAGCUGGAGCCGAUAUUGACAAACAGGACCGCAACCGUUGGAGCGCCCUCAUGUGGGCCAUGACCAAUCGCCACAAGCAGAUUGCAAAGGUUCUUCUAGACAAUGGGGCAUCUUCAGACGCGAAGACCACUUCUGGCCGUACCGCUGCUGAUUUCGUUGCCCCUGAUAGCGACAUGUCCUUCUACCUACAUAGUAACGGGUACAACAUUGGCAGUGCUGGUAUCGGCGACGAUGAUUUCUACAAGCCCGGCUUCUCGCAAGACAAGUUUGAGGAGGAGUUGAUGGAGAGCGAACUGCGGAGGCGUAUGAUGAUGGAAAGCGCGCGAGACUUGGAAGUUGACCUAGGCAACGUUGGAAUAGACGAUCAACCAGAGGUCGACGAUGAAUUCGAGGAGGAGCAACAGGAGUUUGACUGGGCAAGAUGCCUCCACGACCAGAUGUUUGUGUUCCAAGAAGGCGACUUGGACCGCAUUCUGGACAUCAUCGUCACCAACAUGACGCCACAGAGAUCAGCUGCUCAAAAGCCAGUCCCCGCGAACAUGAUCUUCUUGAGCGCGAGAUAUGCCCAUUACCAUGCAAGCUCUGACCUCUUGGCAAAGCUACUCAUCAAGGCCAUGGAUAGGAUAAAUGAGGUUGUCGAGGAUCACCAGUGGGACAUGACUAUCCUGGCGUUCUGGAUCUCGAAUGCCACUUUACUGCUUCAUUAUUUGAAGAAAGAUGCUGGUCUUGUUGAGGCCACUGUUAACUUUCAGGCCCAGCUUGCUGAACUAAUCAACGAGAUUUUCAUUCUCAUCGUCCGUGACGCGGAAAGGCGGCUGGACAAGGUCCUUGAUGCAGCAAUGCUAGACCACGAGACAAUACCAGGUUUUGAGGGCAUAACCUUCCAAAACGAGUGGAAGAUAUUCAAGACCAAAAAGAAGGUCAAGGAAGAACCGCCGGAGCGGAAAUAUCGGCCACCAUCGCCCAAGCAGAGGGCAAAGCCGGCACCCAGGAACGUCACCUCUCUCCUCUCUUCGACACUAUUCGUGCUCGACCUCUACGACGUGCAUUCGGUCAUCACUGCGCAGAUCAUUGCGCAACUGCUAUAUUGGCUGGGAGCCGAACUGUUCAACCGGGUAAUGUCCAACAGGAAAUACCUGGCUCGCACAAAAGCGAUGCAGAUACGCAUGAAUGUCUCGGUGCUGGAGGACUGGGCGCGCACCAACAACAGACAACCUGAGCACUACGAGUACGGCGACAUGCAGGCUCACGGCGACAACACCAUAGAGUCAGCCAGGAGGCAUAUGAGCCCCAUCAUCCAACUUCUACAGUGGCUACAGUGUUUCUCGUCGCUUGGGGCUGAUGACCUGGAGGCGCUGAUUGAUACUUUGCAGCAGCUCAAGUCUCUCACCCCACAGCAGCUCAUCCAUGCUGCGAACCACUACCGCGCCGAGGUCGGCGAAAAAGGCCUCCCCAAGAGCGCGAUGAAAUACCUCGCGGCGAUACAGAAGGAAACGGAGGUGCGAAGGGAGAAGGAGAAAAGCAAUCGUCGCAGCGUGGCGGCCUCGCUCUCGUCUCCAACACGUAGCGUAGCCCCCGAGAGCGCGCCCUCCACGCCUCAGCGGAACGCCAAGAAACCUGCGAAUGGCGGUGCAGAGCCACAGACGCCCGGGGAUGACGACGAGGAGGAGGACGCGCCCGAGAACCUCCUGAUGGACCCGGCAUACAUGCUCCCAUUCACACUGCCGUCGGUCACGGACAUGCUGGUGUGCUUCGGGGCCGGCUUCGGCGGCGUCAACCGAGAGCGCGAGAGGAAAUACAUACCGACGGUGCCGCCUGAGUUUUUGGCAAAGCUGGAGGUCGUCGGAGGCGGGAGUAGCAAUGCGAGGCGACCUAUGUACGGCGAGCAAGACUGGGACUCGAACGAGGAAGUCUAG